AUGGCGCCAGCAAUUGGUAUUGAUUUGGGAACGACAUACUCUUGUGUGGGAGUGUACCAACAUGGUAAGGUAGAAAUAAUUGCCAACGAUCAAGGCAAUCGCAUCACGCCCAGCGUUGUCGCUUUCACUGAUAGCGAACGUCUGAUCGGGGAUCCUGCUAAAGCCCAAGUGGCCAUGAAUCCGAAAAAUACAGUAUAUGAUGUCAAGAGGCUCAUCGGGCGCAGGUUUGAUGAUCCAAACGUUCAAGAAGACAUCAGGAACUGGACAUUUCUGGUCACAGAAGAGAAAGGAGCGCCAAAAAUUGGCGUGAAGUACAAAGGCGAGAGAAAAUUGUUCAGUCCAGAAGAAAUCAGCUCGAUGGUCUUAAUGAAAAUGAAAAAAAUAGCCGAGGCGUACAUUGGCAGUGAAGUCAAAGACGUUGUGGUGACUGUGCCAGCUUAUUUCAAUGACUCCCAACGUCAAGCGACCAAAGAUGCUGGUAAGAUUGCUGGUUUGAACGUCUUGAGAAUCAUCAAUGAGCCGACUGCUGCUGCUCUUGCUUAUGGUCUGCACAAGAACUUGAAGGGGGAACGAAACGUAUUAGUAUUCGACUUAGGUGGUGGUACUUUUGAUGUGUCCAUUCUCAGCAUAGCUGAAGGAUCGGUGUUUGAGGUCAAAUCUACAGCAGGAGAUACACACCUCGGAGGUGAAGAUUUCGACAGCAGACUGGUAGCUCACUUCCAGGAAGAGUUCAGGAAGAAAUUCAAAGGAGAUGUGAGCCAGAAUUUCAAAGCGCAGCGUCGCAUGAGAACAGCAUGCGAACAGGCUAAAAGGACACUAUCCAGUGGAACAGAAGCGACUAUUGAAAUCGAUGCUCUUGCAGAAGGCAUCGAUUUUCGCUCUAAAAUAUCGAGAGCUCGUUUUGAAGAUUUAUGCACGGAUCUUUUUGCUAAAACGCUAGAAACUGUUGACCAAGCCAUAAAAGAUUCCAAAAUCGAUAAAAGUAAAAUCGACGAAGUCGUUUUAGUUGGGGGAUCAACUCGAAUCCCAAAAAUACAAACUCUGCUGCAAAAAUUUUUCAACGGUAAGAACCUAUGUACGUCCAUCAAUCCAGACGAAGCUGUUGCUUAUGGUGCAGCAGUGCAAGCGGCAAUAAUGUCUGGAGAUCAAAACGAAGAGCUAAAAGAUGUGCUACUUAUUGAUGUGACACCUUUGUCCCUUGGUGUUGAAACCGCUGGGGGCGUAAUGUCCAAUAUAGUAGCGAGAAAUUCAUCAAUUCCGUGCAAAACAGCUAAGACGUUUACUACAUAUUCUGACAACCAACCGGGAGUGGAAAUUCAAGUUUUCGAAGGCGAAAGGGCGAUGACGAAAGAUAACAAUUUGCUGGGAAAAUUCCAGCUCUACGGUAUUCCACCGGCCCCCAGAGGAUUCCCUCAAAUAGAAGUCACAUUUGACCUCGAUGCAAAUGGAAUUCUACAGGUGUCUGCCGUUGACUUAAGUUCGAAACGAUCUGAAAGCAUCACCAUCAAAAACGAGAAAGGCAGACUUAGCAAAAGCGAAAUUGAAAGAUUGCUGCAAGAAGCUGAAAAAUACUCAAAGGAAGAUGAAGUCAAGAAGGAAACUGUUUUGGCAAGGAAUGCGUUAGAGAGCUAUGUUUAUUCGGUAAAGCAGGCAGUUGAAUUUGAUCAACAGAACAAAUUGGAUUCUAACGAUAAGGACAAGAUAAAAGAUGUAUGUGAGAGGACAAUUCAGUGGCUGAACGACAACCCCGAAGCGCAAAAAUCUGAAAUUGAGAGCAAACUGAAUGGAGCUCAACAGGAAUUGUCGCCAAUUAUGGCUAAAUUCCAUCAAGGGACCAGUGCUGGAGGGAGAACUAACAGCAAAGAUAAGAAAGAUGGGCCUACAAUAGAAGAAGUGCAGUAG